ACCUUAAUUUCAAACAGCUGUCGGACGCAUACUGCUUCCGGUGUAUGCGACCUUUACACUGAGGGAAAAGGGGCAAUGAUGGAGUACGAACGGAGCCAGCCUGCAAAGGGUUAUUCGGAUGAAUCGACGGUCCAUGAAGAUGUAAAGGAAUACUAUGGUAAACUACUGACGAAAACUGCAGACCUUAAGAGCAAUGCGUGCAUGACCGUGGCUAAACCAGUGACGUCGGAUAUCCGUAAAGCUUUGGAAGAGGUGCACCCAGAUGUGAGUGACAGGUACUAUGGGUGCGGGCUGGCUGUCCCAGAAUCCCUCCAAGGCUGCCGGGUGUUGGAUCUGGGCUGUGGUAGCGGACAGGAUUGCUACAUGCUGAGCAGGCUGGUGGGAGAGAGGGGCUUUGUCACAGGCAUUGACAUGACCAAUGAGCAGUUACAAGUGGCUAGAAAAUACAUUGAUUACCACGCACAGAGGUUUGGUUAUAGAAAGCCGAACACAGAAUUUGUCCAAGGAUACAUUGAGGACUUAGAGGAUGCAGGACUGAAGAAAGGCUUCUAUGAUAUUAUAAUAUCAAAUUGUGUAGUGAAUUUGUCUCCAGACAAGACCAGCGUACUGAAACAAGCUCACCGCGUUUUAAAGGAUGGCGGGGAGUUGUAUUUCAGUGAUAUCUACUGCAACAAGGACCUUCCAGCAGAGAUCAGGACUCACAAAGUCUUGUGGGGCGAGUGCCUCGCGGGGGCGCUGUUUUGGGAGGACCUGAUGCGGCUGGCUGGAGAAGUGGGCUUCAGCACCCCCCGGCUGGUGACCGCCACCGCCGUCACCGUGGGCAACGAGGAGCUAGAGAACCUUCUGGGCGAAUACAAGUUUGUCUCUGCAACGUAUCGCCUCUUCAAAAUCCCGAGAGGUGCUCCAAACACAGGGUGUCUCGUCAUAUACAACGGGAACAUCACUGGUUUUGAGGAUUGCCUGAAUUUUGACGCCUACCAUACAUUUAAGGUGAAUGCAGUGGUUCCCGUUGAUGGAGAGCUGGCCAGCAUCCUGAGGAGAUCUAGGUUUGCUGAAGAGUUUAGCUUCCAGCCUUGCCUGGCAGAUCAGCCUAGCUCUUCAUGCGUGGGCCCAAAGACAGUGACCUGGAACCCUUUCGAGGUUGAGAAUCUGGAGGCUUCUAGGCCGUGCUGUGGAGUCCCGAAAUCCUGCUGCAAGUGAGGAUAUCAGACAUCGCCGGCCACAGUGGAGGAUGGUCCUGCCCAUGGUGUUAAUUUUAAUCCUGUGAUCAGUUUCGGCUCUGUGGAACAGUCUUUGAAUACACCCCGUGGCCGCUUAAUUAGAUACAUCUACCCGUUAAUGCUAACAGCCUGCUUGAGUAAACAGCCAAUCAGGAGCCUGCAACUGAAUACAUAUGGCACAGAGGCGGGGUCAUGUGGUUCAACUGAGCAUUAGAAUGACUAAGACCAGGGGUGCUUGAAUGCAUGGCCUCACCUGGCCAGGGGCCUCUGCUACAAAGGGGCCUCUAUUAACAUUGCUGCCCCACAACACACCCCAGGGUUGAGAACUACACCAAUAUAGUAGACUAAAAUAGUAUGGGGGGGGGGGGGGCUGACCUUGUCACUGUGCCUCUGGCUAAGACGCCUGAUCUAAGAGAUUUUAAAUGAUUUUUUUGGUGCCACCUAUGGUCGUCCUAGUCACCCUUCUGGCUUUAAUGCCUAGAAUUUACAAGGAUUAGUAUGAUGAACGAAAACAUCCUGUCAGCAGCAGCCUCUGUUGUUGAAAGCGCCUAGUUAAUGAGAGAGGUCAUGGGACAAUGGCCAGACUAACAGGAAGGUAACAAUUGUAAAAAUAACAGCUCAGUACGGCAGUGGUGUGCAGAAAGGCAUCUCUGAACUCGUCAACCCUUGAAGUGGUUCUAGAAAUGGAAAGGGGACCUUACCUGGUGCUAUGUAGGUGUACCUAAUAAAAUGGCUACUAAGUGUAAAUGAUCAUUUUUAUUAUGAGUGAUUAAUUUGUAACUGUGUUAAAAUCAAACUCUUUUGAUUUUUCUGUUUGAUUUUUGAAAUAUUUUAACCAAAAUAGUUUUUAAAGAUGAAUAAAAAGACAAAUAUAGAUAAA